AUAAAUGCAGCCCCUGUGACACAAACUGGAGAUAUUAUGGAGGUAGCUGCUAUGGAUUCUUCAAGCACAGCUUGACAUGGGAAGAGAGUAAACAGUACUGGAUUGACAUGAAUUCUAUUCUCCUGAAGACUGACAACCAGAACAUUCCAUGAAUAGAAGUCAAGGACUCACUCCAAUGACUCACAAAAUGCAAGAAUCCCAAGUCUCAUUUGGAGGAAAUCUAUCACUAAUUAGGAUUCCUGGAGAAAAAAAAAAAUUAUGUAAGAUAUAAACUUUUAUUGUGUUAAGUUACUGAUAUUUUUAGGUUUACUUAUCACAGUAACUAGCAUUACACUAUCAGAUAUACAGUAAGUAAAUUUAUUUUAAGGUUGACAUUCCUUCCUAGCUUUGUUGUUUAAGGCCACCCAGUGAUCUGACACUCUUUACACCCUGGUUUGCCCAAUGUCAGUUAUCUUUAGAUCUUUACUAUAUAGGUCAUCUCUAUGCUUUAUCUCCUAUACCAAAUGCAAGUGCAUUCUUUGCACUAUUAUCUUUUUCUUCUGAACUCACUGCCAUCACCUUCAACAUCUGCUACAUUUUGGAAACCAGAUAAAAAAUCUCUGUCAUUGGCCAAUCUGAAUUCAGUUCUCUCUCAUUUCCUUUUUCACCAAGUUGUGUUUUGGUUUAAACUUCACAAAGUUCUACUUUCUGAAUGAAGAUGCAUCUAUUCUACUCCUUAAACACCAACAUAUUUUCCCACUACUGUGAAAAUGUAACCAAUUUCAGUUCUUUCACCAACCUGCUCCAAACCACCUGAGGAGUUAUUUUUGCCAGGCUCCUGUGUGGACUGCUUUUCUAUCAAAGCACCUCAGACAUGCAUGAAGAAGAAAUAUACACCUCUCUUCAGUGGGAUAGUCCAGUACCUGACACUUACCAGAAAUGUCUGUCUUCCAACAAAUGUUCAGGAACAUGGUGUCUUGUGAUGGUGAUUUCAUGUAUUUUCUGCUUGGGAUUAUUAACAACAUCCAUUUUCCUGGCCAUCAAGUUGUUGCAGGUGUCCACCAUUGUGAUACAGCAGCAAGAAAAACUCAUCCAACAAGAGAGGGCACUCCUAAACUGUACACAAUGGAAUAGAAGCCAUGCCCUUCAGAUGAUACACUGUCAAACCUUCAUGCAAAAUUUUCUCAGCUCAGCCCGUAACUGCAACCCUUGUCCAGACAAUUGGAUUCAGAAUGGAGAAAGUUGUUACUAUGUCUCUGAAAAAUGGGAGUAUUGGCACACCAGUCAAGAGAAUUGUUUAAAGGAAGGCUCCACACUGCUACAAAUAGACAGCAAAGAAGAAAUGGAUUUUAUCACCGUCAGCUUGAGGAAGAUCAUGGGCAGCUUGAGGAAGAUCGAGGGAGGCCAUGAAUACUGGGUGGGGUUGUCUCAGAAUGGACACAGCGGACACUGGCUUUGGCAAGAUGGCUCCUCUCUCUCUCCUAGCCUGUUGCCAGUAGAGAGAUCCCAAUCAACUAACCAAGUCUGUGGAUACAUCAAAAACCAUUCCCUACUUUCGUCUAACUGCAGCAGUUGGAAGUAUUUUAUCUGUGAGAAGUAUGCCUUAAGACCCUCUAUCUGAAAGAAAUUGUGUUCCAAGUGUUGUACUGCACUAAUAUUUGGAACACGCCAUUGGAAACCACUCCCCCCCUCAAAAAAGUACAAAACUAACAGCAAGUAGAGCAGCAAACCAGUAUGUGGGCAAUGAAAUUAGCAACCUGGGACUCAAUGACACACUUGGGAACGUUCUUCCUUACUGUCCAGAUUCCAUUUGAUGUUGUUCAAAUUGCCAAGAAUAAAACUUAUUUAGA